AUGACUCGACGCCAAACGCGAUCGAUGACCGCCGCAGCCUUGAAAAAAGCUCGUGCAAAUUCAGACAAUACAAACCUUACCACCAAAAGUGAUCUGACAGAGACAUCACCCAUCAAGAGGCGAAAGCUCAAAAAGACCAAGCCUGUUGCUAGCGUCGCCCCCAAGGAGAAAACCCCGGAUACCGAUGCGCAUGUCUCGGUCAUACUCGACUCCCCUCAAAAAUCGAGUCUCAAUGCGGCAGAGCUACACUAUCCUCUACCGACUAAGUUGGUGUCAAACUUACCGAGGAUUUACUUUGGACACACUGCGGCUUUCCCACGCUGGAUCACCAUUAUUGACACUCGGCAACCGGGCGAAGAUCUUGGAAAAGAUCUGAUCCGGACCCACGCUGACCAGACUGUCAUUUCAGGCUUACGACCGGGAUCAGAAGUGAAUGCGUAUGAUCCAAAAGUUGGUCUUGCUGGCCUCGAAUGGGUACUCGAGCCUGGCCCAGCUUCUGCAUGGGGGGGUUUCACCAGGGAGAGGCUUGAGAGGCUCGCACAUGAUCAGCUCUGCGAGGCAUUGAGAUGCCCGACCACUUGUCUUCGAUUACGAGCCAUGUGCAGAGAGCAGCAUAGAGACGCUAUUGCCAACGUCGCUAAUCCACUGCCUCCGGCACCGCAAUGGCAUCUUGCAGGACCUGCUGCACGAGGACGGCUUGCGGAUCGAAUUCAAGCCGCAGGACACCGGCUUCUUGAAGACAGUCGGUCACGAAGGGACGAAGGGCUAUAUAACCGUCCCGAGCUUGGCUACCGUUCAGAGAAGAAUGAAAUUCAACAAAAUGGCGACAAAUAUACGCAAAUGGUUUCAAUUAUGAGAAGAAACAUGAAGGGGACGCUGGGUCCCCCGAGUCAUCAAGAUCACUCACUUGAUCCUUUCCAGUUGGAGGAGGGCGAGAAGACUGAAGCCAAGGAUAACCUCAACAAUCUCAAACAAGAAUCAGCGACCAGGUCAACGGUCCCAGAGACGACAGUGGUGGUGAUUCCGAACACGAAACGAGUGAGAGGGAAAAGAGGGUUGAGCUACGCAUCUCGGGUUGCUCAGACAUGGGUGACCAAAGGUCAACCGAGACGACUGCAGCGAAGCUAA